AUGGCAGCCCCCCUCGACGCCAAAGUCUCCGCGGUGCUCGAGCACUCGCACUCCAAGAACCAAAACCCAGACGACCUCGACGAAGACGACCUCUUCGACGCCCUCGAAAAGGAAGACGACACUGCGUAUCGCGCACAGCGUCUACAGCAACUGCACGGCGAAUUCGCCUCUGCCAAAGAAGCGCAUGCCCGCAACGCUGCAACCGCAGUCACGUCUGCUGCCGACGCCUUUUAUCCCACUUUACCCAGUGACCAGGCCGUCCUCGACCUCACCACCAACAACGAGCGAUGCAUUGUGCACUUUUCGCACCCGGAUUUUUCGCGUUGCGCAGUCAUGGAUGAGCAUCUGCGCUCGCUCGCCUCGAGACACUACGAGGUGCGGUUUGCGCGUGUCGAUGUGCGCGAUUGUCCGUUUCUGGUUGAGAAGUUGAAUGUGCGAGUGCUGCCGUGUGUGAUAUGUUUCAUAGAUGGGGUUGGUAAAGACCGUGUUAUUGGGUUUGAAGGGCUGGCCAGUUUGCGCAAGAGGAACGGGAUUGACAAUUUCAGUACGGUGGAGUUGGAGCAGAGGUUCUUGAUGAGCAAUGUGCUUGUUCGAGGGAAAUUGGCAGAAGGGGGAGAAACUUUCAACGAAUAUAGUGAGAGUGAAGAGGAUGAGAGGAGAGAGAAGAGGGAGCAUGGGCGACGCGGGAUUCGUGAUGGAACAGCAGGACGGCGAAACAACAAUGAAGACGACGAAGACGAUGACUGGGAUUGA